AUGAAAUCUUAUCUGCCACAGUUCUCUUUUGAGUCCAAGGAGAAAAGCCCUUCUGAGUCGAAACGUCGAAACAGAGGUAUAGUUGAUAGGCUUAAAAAGUUUAACUUCCCUCAAGUUCAAAGCAACGACAAAUCACAAAAUUUAGGUAAUAGUCAUCCACCUGAUGAUCGAGUUACAAUUAGAACUAUCUCAAAUGAUUCGGCAGAUGAUCAUCGGGUGUUUAGCAAUUACACAUAUUCAACUAGAGAUAGUUUUCCCAGUUCUCACUCUGAAAACUACGAAUUACCGAAGACUCCUCCGCCCAUCACCCCAUCGGGAUCUCCAAGGCGGUAUAAACAUCGUAAGAGUAAUGCUAUUUCGGUGAGUACACCAGAGGAGCUAUAUUUGCCCAAGACACCGGAUCACAACAGUGAUAUUUAUAGAGAAGACGAAGGCGUAUUUUACCUUUCCUCUCCUACAUCAGACAUCAUUUCAUAUAAGCACCAGUUAAGUCCUGAGACUACAAUAAGAGACACGAAAGAACAAUUACGAAGAAACACAGUAGUAGGUGUCGCAAAUAGCUUGACUGAAUUUGCUGAAAAAAACAGAUUGGAUAUCUCCGGUAAAGUGUUCGCUGAUAUCAACGAUACACCACCACCUCUAAUUGAUCUAGGAAAGAUAACAGAAAACCUUAACGAAUAG